AUGUCGACGCUCCUCCGCCGGUCAGGUCAGCUAGCGCGGAUAGCCAGGCCAAGUCUGACUGCCGCAUCGCGAGCUCCCCUCACCCUGCGACGACGAGUACCAAUUCCACAGUGCAUAUACGCCCAGCAGCGCGCGCGGAGAUUUGCGACAGGCCCCCCCCAGGAACCCAAGAACAACAAGGACAAAGACAAUGACAAUGGCAAUGACGAGACCGCGAAAACGGACGGCCAGACAGAGAAGCCCGAGACCGCAAAGAGCGGCAAAGACGCACAGCAGCACAUGUCGAAGCUCACACCCGAAGAGGAGAAGUUGCUUGACCAGCUGGUCUCAUUCGUGUCCAUGGGCGUGCCCAAGACCCAGAAGCAGGCAAUAAAAGACGCAAUGGACGAGAUCAAGAAGACGGGCAUCCCGCCGGAACUGCGCCAGGAGAUGGACAAGCUGGCGCGCGGGGAGAAGCUUGACCUAGCCACAGCGGCCAAGAUCUCACGGUUGACCACCAACAUGGCACGGAAAGCUGCUGAGCAGCAGCGCUUCAAGGAUGAUGGCAGCGAGGAGCCACAGCAAAAAGCUGGCGCCCACGAUCCGGGACCACAAGGGAAGGAGAAGGGAUCCAAGGGCGGCCCCGCUGGCUCUGGCGGCGUCAUGGGCAACACCAUGGACACCAAUACCAUUCUGAUCACCGCCUUCCUUACCUACCUCACGUACAAGAUGAUCUUCCCCGGCGAGAACACCAAGGAGAUUACAUGGCAAGAGUUCAGGACGACAUUCCUGGACAAGGGCUUAGUCGAGAAGAUUGUCAUUCUCAACGGCAACAAGGCCAAGGUUCACCUGCACCGCGAGGCCGUAGCGUCCAUGUAUCCUGAUUCCCCGUCCGUCAACCAGAACUUCUACUACUACUUCACCAUCGGUUCCGUCGAGGCCUUCGAGAGGAAGAUGGAUGACGCACAAUACGAGCUCGGCAUUCCCAGCUCCGAGCGCAUACCCGUUGCAUACUCCAACGAAAUCUCUUGGUUCGGCACGUUCCUCUCUUUCGGUCCUACGAUUCUGCUUCUCGGCUCCCUCUUCUACUUCACACGACGUGCCGGAGGCGGUGGAGGUGGAGGUGGUAGCGGCAUCUUUGGCAUGGGCAAGAGUCGGGCGAAGAAGUUCAACCACGAGACCGAUAUCAAGGUCAAGUUCGCCGAUGUUGCCGGCAUGGACGAGGCUAAGCAAGAAAUCAUGGAGUUUGUCGCUUUCCUCAAGGACCCUGGACGUUUCCAGAAGCUUGGUGCCAAGAUCCCUCGUGGCGCCAUCCUGUCUGGCCCUCCAGGUACCGGUAAGACACUACUGGCAAAGGCCACAGCUGGCGAGUCUGGUGUGCCCUUCUUCAGUGUGAGUGGCUCUGAGUUCGUUGAGAUGUUCGUCGGUGUUGGUGCAUCGCGUGUGCGCGAUCUCUUUGCCAACGCGCGUAAGAGCACACCGUGCAUCAUCUUCAUCGACGAGAUUGACGCUAUUGGACGUGCCCGAUCAAAGUCAAAUUUCGGCGGCGGCAACGAUGAACGUGAAGCCACACUCAACCAGAUUCUAACAGAGAUGGAUGGCUUCAACACCACGGAACAAGUUGUUGUCCUCGCAGGCACCAACCGAGCCGAUGUACUGGACAAGGCUCUUAUGCGACCCGGCCGCUUCGACAGACACAUUGGCAUUGACCGACCAACGAUGGACGGCCGGGCCCAGAUCUUCGGUGUGCAUAUCAAGAAAAUCAUCACCAAUGAAGACAUCGAGUUCCUCAAGGGCAGACUUGCCGCUUUGACUCCGGGUUUCUCUGGUGCCGACAUUGCCAACUGCGUCAACGAAGCAGCUCUGAUAGAAACAGUCACCAUGGUGCACUUCGAGCAAGCCAUUGAACGUGUUAUUGGCGGCUUGGAAAAGAAAUCAUUGGUCCUCAAGCCCGAGGAGAAGAAGACCGUUGCAUACCACGAGGCUGGCCACGCCAUUUGCGGGUGGUAUUUCAAGUGGGCCGACCCUCUUCUCAAGGUUUCCAUCAUACCUCGAGGCCAAGGUGCCCUAGGUUAUGCACAAUACCUGCCCAAUGGUGACACAUAUCUCAUGAACGAACUGCAUUUUGACACUGUGACCUCUGGCGCGUCCGACGACUUCCGAAAAGUCACGCAAAUGGCCACCGCCAUGGUCAGCAAAUGGGGUAUGAGCAAGAAGAUCGGAUACAUCUACUUUGAAGACUCGGACCAGGGCCAGCAACUGACGAAGCCUUUCUCCGAAGACACGGCGAAGAACAUUGACAUGGAGGUCAAGCGCAUCGUCGAUGAGGCGUAUACGCAGUGCAAAGACUUACUCACGGAGAAGAAGCACGAGGUCGGCCUUGUUGCUGAGGAGCUGUUGAAGAAGGAGAUGCUGGGCCGCGAGGACAUGAUCAGAUUAUUAGGACCAAGACCAUUCGAGGACCCGGCAGACUUUCACAAGUACUUCUCUGGCGAGUACGGCAAGGCUCCGGGCUUGAUUGAGCCCAAAGGUGAUGAUGGUGUCAAGGGGCCUCUUGUGCCGCCAGCGCCCGCCUCGUUCAAGGACAUCGAUUCACGGCAAUAAACGUGUCGAUCCCUGCUUCUUUUUGUACUUGUUCUCUGGGCAUGGCGAGCGGGUAUCGGUUUGGUUCUCAUCCCACUCUCCAUCUUAGCAUGCCAUGGUGUUUUCAUGUUAGAUUGACGACCACAUGUGCAUAGUGGUGGUUCUGUAAAAUAGUAAAGCGAAUGAUUCGCAUAGAUGUACGAAGAAUUACAUCGC